CGGGAGCCGGGAACCAGUUUACCAAGUUGUGAUAGAGAAGCAGACGCACUGCAUGAGGUAUAACGACACAGAUUUGAGAUGGCAACCUUUGAUUACAAGAAGUUGACAGGCAACCACCUCACCUGUGCCAUCUGUACCACAGUCUUCACAGACCCUGCCACACUUCAGUGCAAUCACACAUUCUGUAAGGCCUGUCUGCUGAAAUACAUCAAAACACAUCCAGAAGCAAUACAAGACAAGUCUAUCCAAUGCCCAUCCUGCAGACAACUGACGAAGCUGACCACCCCUGACAGGCCAGUAGAGGAGUGGGUCAGUCAGCUGAAACCAAGCCACGUCAUACAGGGGCUGAUGGAUGACUUUUUGCCUGCAAUGCAUGAAGUACAGGAUGACAGUGGCUGCAACAUUUGCACAACACAAGGGAAGACAUCUCCAGCCUGUUCAUGGUGCUCCAUCUGUGACUGUGCAUUCUGUGAUGGAUGUCUCAAGAUGCACAGCGUGAUGCCAAUGUCACGUGAUCAUGAAGUAGCGGAUUUGCCCAAUCACCCCAAGACAAACCGUUCCUUCAUGUGUAACAUCCACAGAGAUGAAAAGUUGAAGGUGUUCUGUAAAGACUGCAGGAAGGCAAUAUGUACAGUAUGCUGCAGUAUUGACCACAGGAAAUGUGACGAAGUUGAUACAAUUGAGAGCAUGGUCCCUAUUGUGAAGGAACAGCUGACAAACCAAAUGAAACAACUUACGGUCAACAUGGCAGCUGCAAAAAAAUGCAUCGACUUGAGAAAAGAUACAAUUCUAGAUAUGAAGAGUAAUGCACAGAACAUUAAAGAUCAAAUCCGAAACGCAGGGAAAACAUUGGUAGAUGUGAUUGUAAAGAAAGAGAAGCAUCUUAUUGAUGAUGUUGAUGAAUUUUGUCAUAAUCACUCCCAGAAGUUACAAAGUGAGGUGGCACACCAGGAGGAUGAGCUUCAGUUGUACCAACAGCAGUAUGAGACCACAGCCAGUGCUGUGACAUCCAACUGUGAGAUGGACAUGUUUGCCAUCUAUGAGUCGAUGGAUGAAGCUACUGACCACAGACAAAUGGACAACCCACCAGCACCAGGAAGGGUUGUAUUCACUCAUAACAUUGACAAGCUGAGUAAAGAAGUGGAUGAACUUCGACUUGGCGAGGUUGAAGUUGUUCAUGACAUUAGUGACCGCCAUUCUUCUCCUGUUUUACAUCACAGCAUUGACUUUAAGGACGAUGAGGAUAAUUGUGAUCCGUCUUUGCAUGAUGUCACAGUGGUGAUGGUGAAUGGGAUCAAAGUAACAAUAGUGGCAGAUUGUGGCAAUAAUAAGCUCAAGACAUACUACACCUUGAAUUCCAAGUCAUUUCAUAAACAUCUGCUGUUUUCUGAUUAUCCAUGGCAGAUAGCAAAGUUAAGUGGGAGUCAGGUAGCUGUCACUAUUCCUGACAUUAAUGAAAUAGUUACAGUUGACAUAACUCCAGAUCCUAUUGUAUUGUCAACUCUCAACACAAGCAAACAGUACUGUGCUCUGGCCUAUCUCAGUCCUUCACAAUUGGUGGCAGGUACAUAUGCUGACAAUGUGGACAUCCUGGACAUGGCAGGGAAUGUACUUCAGUCAUUCAACACGGGAUUGAUAGGGAGUCCAGACUUUAUCCAUGUCACCAGUGACAAGAAUCUUAUACUCAGUAAUGAAGAUGUUCAUUCCCUUGUGUCUCUAACUAGUGAAGGGGAUCCUGUUUUCACUUACACUCCAACAGGAGACAGAACUUUGACGUGCCCUCAAGGUAUCGCUACAACCACCACAGGAGACAUCCUGCUGGUUGAUGAAACCUCCAACAACGUGACUCAACUGUCAGAAUCUAUGCAGUUUGUCAGAUACGUUCUCCAAGGACAGGAUGGUCUUCAUUGUCCUGAUGGCAUCUGUCUAGACGAUGAUGGUUUACUGUAUGUUACCUCCAAUAGAUACGUUAAGGUAUAUACAUUCCGUGUACACUCAAAUACAUAGAUAUGUCAGGAUGCAAGUAAUUUGUUUUAUUAGACCCAGCUUGGUGUUUUCUUUCAAACCUAUAUACCUCACUGAUGUGAUUAGAACAUCUGCCUCAAGAGCAGAAAGUUGCUGGUUUUACCACCUGGCUGUGUCUUUCUAAAUACCUUAAAUGAUGGUACUGUUUUGAAGUGUUUUCACCCAGUGAGGGCUGCUAGGUGUUCGACAGCACAAGGGUCCUCUUAUUCAGUGUGAGUGGGUAUCCAUGUAAAACUGCAGAUGAGUAUCUGAAUGGGCCAGCACUAUCAAUCCAGACUUAUACAAGCGCAUGCAUACACUAAAUGUGUAUGUACUAGUGUUUGGAAUUGGUUGAAAUUUCACAAUUGAUGAUUGCUUCAUUACCAACGAACAAUCAUCGAAGAAAAUUGGUUAGCAUCAUUUUUAAGAUUUUCCUAUCCAAGUUGUUAUUGCUGAUAUGUAUAACAUGAUGCAACUUGCUACUUUAAAGUGAUGACUAGUAUAUCAUGGACAUAAACUUCCUGGAGUCUUAGAGAAAUAUU